AUGGUUCGACACCGGGCAAUCCUUAGAAGUGCCAAAUUUGAUCUGCCAUCUCCACUUAUGCUGAACAUCACCAUAACGCAAGCUACUUAUGGGUCUCGAGUGUUACUUUGCCCAGAUAUAACGAGCGAAUCCGAUUCAUGUCAAGAGCUGAUGGGCCCAAAAGUUGAAACGACGGAGAAGAAGACGGUGAUGUUCCCACUUGAUGAAGGCGCGCAGCGUUUUGCAGUCGUUCUCUACCACGACAAAGCCGAACAGUUCGGACCAGCUAAUUUCAUCAUACACUCCAUUGAAAUUCGAUCUACUAACGAUGAAAUCUUAUGCUAA